AUGGCCCCCCAAAAGCACGUCGCGGAGGUGCCGCGCAGCCUCCUACCUCGCUUGACCUGGAACAGCUCAUCGUCCCGCCCAAGCGUCACUCCCUCCCAUUGUCCCGUACUCGCAAUCAGGACGAUACAACAAUUCUCUCAAGGCUGGAGUCCUCUCAACCGCCAAAAAUACUCCCUGAACCUCCCCCACCAGACUUCCCGGGCUUUUUCCACCGCUAUUCAUAAUUCCUACUUCUCCUCUCCUGUUUCCCGACAACCUUCCGCUUCAGCGACCACGCGCUCAGCCGCAGAGCCUCUCGCCAGCCCGGUCCGACACAAUGGUGUCUACGUCGCAAUAUUCAAGCCUGCUCAGCGCGCUUUUCAUGCGACCCCUGCCCGCCCUCGCGAGCACCACUUUGACACCCUGAAAUUCGUCAAGCGGCUCCAGGCAGAGGGUUUCAGCGAGGAACAGGCCGUGGCCAUGAUGCGGGUGUUGAACGAUAUCAUCCAAGAAUCCAUCCAAAACUUGACACGGACGAUGGUUCUCCGUGAAGACUCGGAGAGAUCGAUUUACACGCAAAAAGUCGACUUCGCCAAAUUGCGCUCUGAACUUCUGAAUGCCGAUUCCACCGAGGCGCAGCUUACUCGAUCGUCGCACGAGAAAAUCGCGGCGGAUCUGGCGAAGCUCAACUCGCGCCUCCGCGACGAGAUCGGCCGGACACAGGCGUCGGUCCGUCUGGAUUUGAACCUCGAGAAGGGCCGCAUCCGCGAGGAGGCUAAUGGCCAGGAGAUGCGGAUUAAGGAGACGGAGACGCGAAUUGAGCAGGAAGUUGCUGGCCUGCGAGAGCGGGUUGAGGCAGUCAAGUUCUCCACUCUGCAGUGGCUGAUGGGUGUCUGCACUGGUACCGCUGCUCUGAUUCUCGGUGCUUGGCGCCUGUUUAUGUGA